CUUUGUAAAUUUUAAUCGAAUGGAAGUAGAUCAAAGGUCCAAACGCCCACGAGACAUAGGCUAAUGCAAUCCUUUCUUCUUAAUCCCAACUCAUACUGCUAUUUGUCUGGAAAGGCGAAGUGCAUAGUCCGACAUGAGUCAUGAUGCAACACCUUUUGCAGACCAGUAGCCUACUUCCUGGUCUUAGAAACAGGAGGAGGUCUGCAACAGGCGAUACACGGAUCUAACUCCACAUCUCCGUGCUUAACUCUAUCAAAAUAAGGAACUGUUUCGAACCACAAUUAUGACUUCGGAUCUGCCAGUUCUCCUCGCCGGAGUGACAAUGCUAUCUGCUCUCCACAUGGGAUUUCAGGCAAGACGUGUGGGGUGGUCGAGGAUGAAGCAUAAAAUUAUGCCACCCACUGUUACUGGACCACCUGAGUUUGAAAGGACAUUUCGUGCACACCAGAAUAGUGUAGAGUUUUAUUCCAUUUUCCUGGCGGUAUUGUGGAUCUCUGGCAUCUUUUGCAAUGAAGUGCUUGCUGCUCUUGGAGGAAUCAUAUAUAUUGUGGGCAGGGAGAUGUACUUUACUGGCUAUAUCAGGGAAUCCAAAAGAAGGUUGCCAGGGUUUUUCUUCAUGCUGUCUGUCCUGUUAUUCCUAAUUGUGAUGGCUACCAUUGGAAUCAUUCAAUCAUUUUUGGACAAAUAUCUCAACAUCAGACUUUUCUAAAGAAUUUGAUUCUUAAUUUGAAAAAAAAAAACUGUUUGCAUUCAUUUAUCAAAUGUAUACAUUUUAUGCAUGUUU